UAAUAAUUUGUUUCCAUUUUAAUCUGCUGUAGAUCGAUUCAAUCCACCAAUAAUUUACGGUUAAUGCCAUCAAAUUUUUCGAAAUUAUUCAUUGUUAUUGUUGGAAUUCAUUAUGACAAAAAUAAUAUAAAAAAUAUUCCUUUUCUAUGUUCAACGGAAUUAACCUAUGUAUCAAAGAUUAUCCUUAAUCUUUGCUAUUUAUAUUUACAAUUCUUUCGUUUUCAAAAACCUCAAAUAAUGAACAUGUUUAUUACUUUGAGUUAAUAACGAAAUGGUAAUAAAUAAGAAAGUGCUCAAGUCAAACAAUAAUUUCAUGGUAUUCUUGGAUUCAAAUAGUCAGGAACUUUUCAAUGGCAGGAAACUUUUGGCAAAGUUCUCAUCAUCAGCAAUGGCUUUUAGACAAACAAGAUUUGAUUCGAGAAAGAAGACAUGAUCUUUCCAUUUUGACAGAGGAAGAAUACCAGAAAAUUUUUAUAUUUUUUGCAAGUGUUAUUCAAACAUUAGGUGAACAGCUGAAAUUAAGGCAACAAGUUAUAGCUACUGCCACAGUAUACUUCAAGAGAUUUUAUGCUAGAAAUUCAUUAAAAUGUAUUGAUCCUCUCCUUUUAGCUCCUACUUGUAUAUUUUUAGCUUCUAAAGUUGAAGAAUUUGGUGUCAUUUCAAAUUCAAGACUGAUAACAACCUGCCAAACUGUUAUAAAGAAUAAGUUUAAUUAUGCAUAUCUUCAGGAGUUCCCUUAUAGAACCAAUCAUAUACUGGAAUGUGAAUUCUAUCUUUUAGAAAAUUUAGAUUGUUGUCUAAUUGUCUACCAGCCUUAUAGACCAUUGUUGCAAUUCAUACAAGAUAUGGGACAUGAAGAACAACUCCUCACUCUUGCAUGGAGGGUAGUAAAUGAUUCUCUACGAACAGAUGUAUGCCUUCUAUAUCCUCCUUAUCAAAUAGCAAUUGGAGCUCUUCAAAUAGCUUGUGUCAUUCUGCAGAAGGACCACAAAACAUGGUUUGCAGAGCUCAAUGUAGAUAUUGAAAAAAUUCAGGAAAUCGCAAGAUACAUAAUGAAUUUGUUUGACCUAUGGAAAACUUAUGAUGAAAAAAAAGAGAUUCAAGGUUUAUUAAAUAAGAUGCCAAAACCCAAGCCUGCACCUCAAAGAUGAAUUGUGUUAUUGAAUUAAACAAACAAAUUUUCUAGAAUAAAUUGAUUACUUAAAUCUA